AUGGCUAGCUUCGCUUCACAGAUUUCCCUUCUUUUGUUGUUUCUGUUAUUUGCAACAACAUUAAACAGGGUGAUGAGUUGCAAUGAAAAUGAUCAAAGGUUGCUUUUAAUCUUCAAACAAGGAGUGGUUGAUCCAGGCAACAAACUCUCUUCUUGGACUAUUGAAGAAGAUUGCUGUUUAUGGGAGGGGGUUCACUGCGACCACCUCACCGGAAGAGUCACAGAGCUUUCUCUCUUCAAUCAUUCAUUAGAGGUGAGAUUAGUCUAUUGGUUAGGCCAAUAUGAACAGUUGCAAUACUUGGAUAUCAGAGGUAAUUUGUUUGAUGGCGUAAUUCCAUCAUUUCUUGGAAACAUUUCUUCCUUGUUCUACUUAGACUUGUCCUGCAACCAAUUGAGUGGCAACCUUUCAGAAACCCUUGGACAACUCCGUAACUUAAAUCUAUUACAUGUUGGACACAAUUCCUUGGUGGGUGCUCUUACUGAAAAGAAUUUUGCUAAUCUCUCAAAUUUAAUAUCACUGGACUUAAGUUCAACAAGUUUUGAAUUUGACAUUGAUCCUAAAUGGGUCCCACCGUUUCAACUCAAGGCAUUGUAUUUGGGUAACACGAGCAUAGGUCAUAAUGUUUCACCAUGGCUAUAUACACAAAGGUCUUUAAGUGAUUUGAAUAUUUCAGCAUUAGGAAUUUCAAACAUUGAUGCAGAUGUAUUUUGGAGCUUUAUAUCAAGAAUUGGUAGAGUUGAUAUUUCAAACAACUUGAUUGGUGGUGAUAAUAUAUCCAAUGUCAUUAUAUCAGCAAAUAUGUCCUACUUUGAUGCAUCUCACAACUCUUUGUCAGGAUCUAUCUUCUCAUUAUUGUGCCAUCAAGAGAGUGAAAAAGGAACCAACUUGGAGGUGUUGGAUUUAUCACAUAAUAAUUUGAGUGGAACACUUCCUGAUUGUUGGAAAAAUUGGAAAAAAUUAAAAUACCUUAAUUUGGGGAGUAACAAGCUAACAGGUAAAGUCCCUGCCUCAUUGACUUCAUUGAAUCUUUAUAAGUUGGAUUUGAGUGACAAUGGUUUCUUUGGAAAAUUUUCAUUAGACAAGCUAAAUUGGACAAAUUUGGAAUACUUGCUUUUAGACCGAAAUAAGUUUUCUGGAAGUUUGCCAAUUCCAAUGGCGGAGAAUUUGGGAAUUAUUAAAUUGAGGACCAAUCAAUUUACUGGCAAUAUUCCAACAAUCUUGUGCGAACUUUCUUAUUUGAACAUAAUCGAUCUUGCUGAAAAUAAGCUUUCUGGAUCUAUACCUCACUGCCUACGCAUCAUCGAACAUCUACCUGAUCUUCCUUUUUGGGCCAAACAUCUACCUUAUAUCAUAGAUCAGUCUAUUGCAAUAGUGCACAUAUUUACUAAAGGAAGUAAAUUAGCCUAUCAAGUUGAUAGUUUUCUAAGUUUUGGACGUGGCAUUAUUGAUCUUUCUGCUAAUAGCUUGUUGGAGAAAUUCCUGAAGAACUUGGUUAGUAUGAGUAAAAUAUUAUCCUUGAACUUGUCUCGAAACUAUUUGACUGGAAAAAUUCCCAAAGAAAUUGGAGGCAUGAAAAGCUUAGAAUCUCUUGAUCUCAGCUACAAUAAACUUCUCGGAGAAAUUCCUUCAACCAUCUCUAAUUUGUCAUUUCUUGCUUAUUUGAACCUCUCAUACAACAAUUUCACCGGGCAAAUUCCAUCCGGAACCCAAAUUCAAAGUUUUGAUUCUUGGAGUUUUCUUGGCAAUCCCGAACUUUGUGGAGAUCCUCUUCCAAAGAAGUGUAACAAAAAGGAAGAAACUCAUGGCUCAAAGCUAGCUGAAGAAGAUGAAGAUGACAGCUUUCUAAAGUCAUUGUAUCUUGGCAUGGGGGUUGGAUUUGCAGUGGGCUUUUGGGGAGUUUGUGGCAUAUGUAAAACAAACAAUGCGAUUCGUUGCAACGAGAAUGAUCGAGGACCACUCUGGAUCUUCCAACAAGGAGUGGUGGAUCCUUUAAACAAACUCUCUUCAUGGACUAGUCCUGAAGAUUGUUGUUUGUGGUCUGGAGUUCUGUGUGAUAUCAAUGGCAGAGUUGCAGAGCUUGAUCUGGCUCGCCAUGGCUUACAAGGAAUUGAUUAUGUUGAUUUGUCAAACACCAUGAUCAGUGAUGACAUAUCCAAUAUCACACUGUCAACAAUUAUCUCUCACUUUGAUGUAUCUCGCAAUUCUUUGUCAGGCUCUAUUUUCUUAUUAUUGUGCCAACUAGAGAGUGACAAGGAAAGCAUAUUGUCUUAUUUGGACUUAUCACAUAAUCAUUUAAGUGGAGCAAUUCCUGACUGUUGGGUCAAUGGGAAACGAUUAGAAUACCUUAAUUUGAGGGGUAAUGAGCUAGAGGGUAAAGUUCCUCCCUCCAUGGCCUCAUUGAAUCCUUGGAUAUUGGAUUUACGUGAUAACAAUUUCUUUGGCGAAUUUUCAUUAGACAUAUCAAAUUGGACAAAUUUGCAAUACCUUCUUUUGGAGGGAAAUGAAUUUUCUGGAAGUUUGCCAACUACAAUGCCUCCGCGUUUGCUAGUUUUCAAGUUGAGGGCCAACCAAUUUGUUGGUGAGAUUCCAUUACAAUUGUGCAAUCUCUCCUCUCUUAUGAUAUUAGAUCUUGGUGAUAAUAAUCCUUUUGGAUCCAUACCUCAUUGCUUAUAUAACAUUAUGGAUUCAACUGAUCGGCUUUUGUGGGCAGAAACUAUAAACAUAUAUACUAAAGGAAUAGAAUUAGAUUAUGCUGACAUUUUGUUUUUGCGGAUAAUUGAUCUUUCCUCUAACAAUUUGUCUGGAGAAAUUCCUAAGGAGCUACUUAGUAUGAGUCAAAUGUAA